CUGACCCUCUGCAGCAAGCUGGUGGGUGCACAGUGAAAAGUUGGGGGGGGGUUGAUGAUGGUGGCCGCUGGUUUUCGGGAGAUGAACAAAUGAAAGACACGGAAAGGAAAGUUUGGGGAGGUCUGGAGGAGUCCUGUAGACUGAGGAGGCUGAUGUGAGUCUCAGGUAGGCUUGGCUGCCAGGAAAGACCAAUCAUUUCUCUCAGGAACCCGCGUCCGUUUCCCUCAAGCCUUUUCAUGUCUUCACCAGCUCACACAAACGUGGACGCGGCAAAAUGACUGCAAUCAGUUGAACCGGCGAGGACUCGUCCGCGGCUCUAAUCGUCUGUUACCCUGAAGUCUACGGAAGCAACAUUUGACUGAGACGCCCAAGAUCACUGAAGAGCAUUGAAGAUCAUUGGGCCAGGGACCUGCUCGGUCAUUAUAGGCUUCCUUGCUUUGGUGAGCAAAGUGUUUCACGCUGCCUCCUUGGAAGCAAACCACAUCACACAAUCUCCUCCUUUCCCUUUUUGCAAAGCGGACAAAGGAAAGGGGGGAAAAAAAAAGAGGCAAGUCCAAGAGGAUAAAGUGAGCAUGGAGGUCAGGUACAACCAAGAGACGGAAGGAAUGGUUCUGAAGAAUGGACUUAUGGAGAGCAAAGACGCCAUGGACUCACAGGACAGGUUGUCCAAAAGCUUCCUCAAGGAGCCACACGGCUCCUUCUCCUCCUCAGGGGCCGUGGAAAACUGUGACAAGAACCGGGCCGGCGCCGCAGACCCGGACUACUGUCGGAGAAUACUUGUGCGAGAUGCAAAAGGCUCCAUCAGGGAGAUUAUCCUGCCAAAGGGUUUGGAUUUGGACCGUCCCAAGAGAACGCGCACGUCGUUCACGGCGGAGCAGCUGUACAGGUUAGAGAUGGAGUUUCAGAGGUGUCAGUACGUUGUGGGACGGGAGCGCACCGAACUGGCCCGCCAGCUCAGUCUGUCUGAAACUCAGGUGAAGGUGUGGUUCCAGAACCGGCGCACCAAGCAGAAGAAGGAUCAGGGGAAAGACUCGGAGCUGCGCUCGGUGGUUUCUGAGACAGCGGCGACCUGCAGCGUCCUCAGACUGCUGGAGCAAGGUCGGCUGCUCACGCCCUCCGGCCUGCCGGGCAUGUUGCCCCACUGUGGUAGCGGCACUCUGGGCACGGCCCUUCGGCAGGCCUCCCUUAGCGUGGGCGUUAACGGUGGCAGUGGCGGAGGCGGAGGUGGAGGCGGCAGCGUCGCCGCUGGUAGCAGCCCUCCUCUACCCGCCGCCACCAGCUCAGGGACCAUGCCGGCUCUGCAGAGCUCAGCAGCAGCUCACAGCCUCUUCAGUUUCCCCAUGCCCUCCUUACUCAGCGGUGUUGCCAACCGCAUUUCCUCCAACCCGCUGUCCAUGGCCACCUCGCUAGCCGGCAACCUGCAGGAACUCUCUGCCCGCUACCUGAGCUCCUCUGCUUUUGAGCCUUACUCGCGGACCAACGGCAAAGAAGCCAUGGACAAGAAGAACCUGGAAUGAAGCUUUGUGUUCUUUGGAAGUGUCGACUUUAUCCGUCCUUGUUUUAGUCAGCGUCUCUUCUGUGUCAUCAUGUCCUGUGUCUAUCAGAUCCUCCACUUGCAAAGAAGUCAUGACAACCCUAACCCUUUUCUUGGCAUGGCUUAGGGUUAGGUUAGGGUUAACCCUAACCUAACCCUAACAUAACUCAGGAGAGCACACAAGCUGUCAAAUGUUGACUUUGUAACCCAUAAGAAGCCACAAAGGUUUCAAGGGAGAUGAUGGUGGACGAUGACGUUAUUGACUUACAGUACGGGCGUUGGGUUCACGCAUGAGUCUGCGUGAUAACAUGCACGGGCAAAGAAAAACAAGGAUAUUUCCUGGGCUCCAUGUGAGUGUGCACUGAUUUCAGAGGUAAUGUGCACGUGAUUGUACAUGUACUAUCUCACUAUAUUGAUCAACAGAGGAACAUGAGAUGGACUGGGGCGGCGUCUGCAGUGAUGCGGACUCUGCGUCGGUCCGUUGUGGUGAAGAGGGAGCUGAGCCCAAAGGCAAAGCUCUCAAUUUACCGGUCCAUCUAUGUUCCUACCCUUCACCUACGAUCAUGAGCUUUGGGUCAAGAUGGUGGGUACAAGCGGCCGAAAUGAGUUUUCUCGGUAGGGUGGCUGGACUCUCCCUUAGAGAUAAGGUGAGAAGCACUGUCAGCCGGGAGAAAUUCAAAGUAGAACUGCUGAGCCAGAUGAGGUGGCUCGGACAUCUGGUCAGGAUGCCGACCGGACGCCUCCCUGGGGAGGUGUUCAGGGCACGUCCGACCGGGAGGAGACCUCGGGGAAGACUCAGGACACGUUGGAGAGACUAUGUCUCUCAACUGGCCUGGGAACGCCUCAGGAUCUGCCGGGAGGAGCUGGACGAAGUAGCCGGGGGAGAGGGAAGUCUGGGCUUACCUGCUUCGGCUGCUGCCCCCGCAACCCGACCUCUGAGAAGCAGAAGAAUGUGGAUGGAUGGAUUGAUGAACGGAUGCAUUAUGAGGCACGAGUUGUGCGAGCGCUUUCAGGCUUCUGAUUGACCAAAAUACGCAUGACAUCGCAUGAAUGCCUUUUCAUGUGGGCUCACUUUUUAAAAAAUGCAUGUCAACCUGUAAUUGUAAAAUUCUAAAAAGGUUCUUUGUGCUAACCAAGUCUAUUUUACUCUAACCAAAAUAGAUUUGGUUAGAGUAUGUUUCGGUUAGAGUCGGACUUUCUGGAACGAAUUCAUGACGCUAAGCAAGGUUCCGCUGUUAUUCAAAAUGAAAUGGUUUCAAGAUGAGCUGGGUAAACCAGAUCCUGGGAUAGUCACGUGACUGUCACCUGACAAGCAUUCCUACAUGUUUCCCGUACGUCAUUUAGGGAUUUGAUGGGAAGAAGAAAGCUUUGUAGGACACAUGUGAACACAUUGUCAGUGUUUUUAUGGCUUCUUAUGGGUUCAGGUGAUGUUUGAGGUUGUUUAAGAAGAGUCGCUGUUGAUCCAAACAGUGGUAUAUUAUGGAUAUGAAUAGUAUUGGGCACAUUGAAAGCACUGCGUGGAAGAAGAAGAGGUUUUGUGGGGAAAUACAUGACAUGAAGUACUUGACAAAGUCAGCUGUACUUUGAAUGGAAAGAAAGUCCAUUGAAGAAACGGGAUUGUUACUCUCUCAAUGCUUUGUUGAAGACCGCCAUGUUGUUCCAACAAGUUGCAGUACGGAGCCGUUCCUUUUGCUAAAACAUCUUGUGUGUGAUUUCAGUAGCAUUGUGAGUGUUUGGGUGUUGUGAGUGUCCUGAAGAAAAGCUUUGAGUUGCAGCAAGGAAUCCCGCAGCAUUCAGGCGGACACACGCUUGGAGACAUGAAUGUACAUGGACAUUUCAACUCUUAUUUGAUUGUAAAUUAUUGCCUUUUGUAAUGACAUCAUGUGGAAAUGAAGUAUGAAUGUAUGUGGACUGAUGAAUCAAUCAAAUGUAUGUACUUAGUGCUGUAUUGUGUGAUUUGUAUCAUGUGCUGUCCAAUAUGUGCAUAUAUAUAUACAUAUAUAUAUAUAUAUAGAUACAUAUAUACACUAUAUAUAUCAUCAUCGUCAUCAUGUAUAUCUUGCAUACUGUAUUUUCUAUUUCUUUCAUAUGGUAAAUGUGACAUUUCAUGAUGUGAUGCAUCAAUACAUGGUGGUUUGAUAUCAUAUGCUUUUUGGACUUUUCAUUUUGAAUGACAUUUCUUAAAGAACAGGACGUCAACACCAAUUCAAAUUACAUUUCUACACAAAUGCAAA